UAGUACCUUAUUUGUUUACAUUUUUGCGAUACCGUGCAAUAAUAAAAUGAGUGGUAUUUUUUCUCACCUUUUAUUUCCAGUUAAACAAUUAACGCCAUUAAAUGAAUUCAGAUCUUUCAGUUGUUCAGCUACUUUAAAUCACAUCAUGAAACUAACAAGACUACGAGUAGUUGAUAAUAGUAACCUUGGAAAGCAAGCUAUGCUGGACGGAAAACCACCUCGUUGCAUACAUGUUUAUAAAAAGACCGGUGUCGGUACUAUAGGAGAUAAAGUAUUGGUAGCUAUUAAAGGACUGAAAAAGAAAGCAUUGAUUGUUGGUGUGAAAGGGAAAAAACAAGAAGCCUUUAUCCCACGAUUUGACUCUAACAAUAUUGUGUUGCUUGAUGAUCAUGGUAACCCAGCUGGUACUAGAGUUUUAGUACCUAUUCCUUCUGCAUUAAGAGGUCGAGGUGAAUUUUCAAAAGUUAUAGCCAUCAGUUCAAAAUUUGUAUAAAAAGAUUAUAAUAUACUCAUUGGUUUUAAAAUAUUUGAUGUUUUCUCGCUGUUACAACAUUGAAAAAAAAUGUCUUUUAAAUAAAAUGUUGUAUAAAUA